CAAAAAGUAAUAGGCCUACUUCAACAAGUGCAGUUUGCUCUAGAAAUGGAAAGGAAACAUGUGACUGGUUAGUGGUUCAAUAACGUGCGUUUCAUGCAGAUUAAUGGUAUCAGAUAACAGCAUCAAAUUUUUGUCAUUUCCUUCUUGUUAAACUCAAAGAGUGUUGCAACACAGUUGUCAUAAUUCUGACUUGUGACAAAACGUGUUAACAUCCUGUCAAAACAGUUUCACAAAGAAAACCUCCAGCAUACCUCUACCCUUACUCUGUGAAAGAAGAAGAAGAAGAAGCUUUAAUUCAGAGUUCAACAGGUAGGAAAUAACUCACUUUCCAGAAGUUUUCCUCCUGGUUCUGUGUGAAAUAAUUGUGACAGUCUCACUUUCCUCACUGCAGAUAUGGAUGAGCGUCCUCAGGUUGAAUUCAGGCCCAACAGUGCCGUGCUGAUCUCAACACUUGGUCAGAAUCUGCUCUCUACACUCACAUCUGCUUCUUUUUCACUUUCAAAGUAAUCUGACUGUCUUUCUUCAUUUUUUGUAGUUGUGGUGAAUGUUACCUGGUCGGUUGUCAUGGUUGCCGCAGUUGCUCUAGGUGGGUUUAGUUCUGUAUGAAAAUCUUAUAAGUCAUUUUUGUGAUUUGUUUCCACAAGAACUCUCAUGAUCUUUUAAUCUUGUCCUGUUUCUGGACAUAAUUUCUGACAGGAACGUUAUAUCUGGACCAGUGUCCAAUACAGCCAUACAUCCCCAUCUAUCUGAUCGUGUUUGGAGUGAGCAGUGUCCUCUGUCUGUGUCUGACCUAUGCCCGCAAAAGCACAGGGGAGAACAGCUGUUGCUCCAUGUUGAUCUCAUCCUGCUUGUCUCUCAUGGUCAUCUUCAAACUUGGCUGGUUCAUUGCAGGUAAGACACUCAUCAGAUUAUCAUGUACAUUUGCUUUAUUCAAGACAAUUAAGUGCUUGAGACCACAGAUCUCUGAGGCAAAUUAUUUAAUUUUCUUUAUUUCAUGCUACUUUAUACUCCUAUGUUUAUUCAAUAUUGACAUAUGGCAAUUACUUUUGAGCAUUUCUCCCAAACUUUGGAUGUUAAAGAGAGUUUAACUAAAAGGUCAACUAAAGUUCUGUGUUGGUGUGGUUUGAUCAGUUUUGAUGUAAUAAAUCACAUAAAAACACACCUUUAAUGGAAUCUCUUAAUUUUUGUUGCACUUCAGAAUGUAAGAAAUCAGAUUUUCUUGUGUUUUUAGCUCAGUAUAUUUUGUAUUUUCAUGUUGAAGAAUAAAUUUCAAUGUUCCCCUACAGGAAGCUGCUGGAUUUAUCCAAUUUACCCUCCGUCCUACUCAUCUGGAACAUCUCAGUACUGCCAAAAGACAACCUACCAGUUUGCCUUCAUUGUCACCACCCUGGUGUGGGUCACUUUAGCUUUUAUGUUCAUCUGUAGUUGUUGCGUCAUUCUACUGACCUGCUGUGGGACUGUUAAUGCAAGACAAAGGUUAAUACCUUACCGUGGUUCUUUCUACGGUGCAAUGCGUGAUUCUGAAGGAACUUCAACUGGCGAUGUUUGAUUUGAAUCUUUGUCCCUCUCUCUCAAUGUGAAGGGUACUUUUCAUGCUGAUAAUGCUUGCUAUUAGUGAGUAUGUUGUUCUCCACAGAUCAGUAAAAGCUCAGACCAAGAACUGCUGAUACCGUCUCAAACAACUGCGGUAUCACAUCACAUGCUUCCUCUUAUUUCCUGAACACUUGAACAGCCAGAGGUAAAGUUGAUGGGUGUUACUUAAGAAUAUCUAUUGGCAGCUCACACUGGAGUGUACCAUUCAAGUUGUUAUUUAUCAAUGUGUUGUACAGUGUUGCUUUAACCAAAAGAAUUGAAAUGUUUACCAGAAAACUGAUGUUUUAAAUGUGUUGAUAUGGUACUUUCAGGCACCUGAGGUUUGUCUGUAGUCUUGCAUACAGUUUGCAAUGUUCAUGACAGUAUGACUGAGCAUCUUGAAUAAAGAAAAUCUACCAGUAA